CCCCAGGAUACUCUUGGAGCGUCAAAUGGCAGUGUUUUAAUCCGAACGAGAGAGUUCCAUCCACUCACGUACUCUUUUGAUCUUGACACUCGCUUGUAAUUUGUGAAGGGUCAAGGUCACCCAAACCUCCUCGGAUUGGAAAUGUCCGAGGCAUUCGUCUCCGAGUCAUUCACAAAUUGCGUAUAUUUCACAGCAAACAGGUUCUAUCUUCUAGCGAACUGGCCAAGCAUAUUCCCGCCAUGUUUGCGAAGAAAGCCAACGUUCCAUAAGAACUCGAAAUGAACAUGUCUGCCAAGCAACAAACAAAUCCAAAAGAUAGGGAAGGUAUACAUGCUGCGCGAUGGGAAAGGAAACCGGAUUUCCUUCCUCCAUAAAAGGCCUGACCUCCAGACUUGGGCACCCCCUCUAUUUUGAUUGAAAAGGACAGAGAGACAAGGAUGGAGGAGAUUUCACAUAUUAGCCAUGAGCAUCCGCUGACCCUCUGUAUGACGGAAGCCACCGGCGAGCCUUGCAACGGAUGCUCGAGACCCCUCUUUGAUCUCGGCUACGUUUGCUACGACUGCGGCUUCCUCCUCCACAUUAAGUGUGCCAAGUUGCCUCAGAAAGUUGACCACCGUUUUCAUCCCGAACACCCUCUCACCCUCCUCUUCAAGUCAUCGGAAACCUUCGAGUGCAGCAUCUGCAAGAAAACUGGCUCCGGGUUCGCCUUCCAAUGCCGCGAGUGCCAAUACAACAUGGACGUGACCUGUUUCUUAAGGAAUCAGCCUUUUCUUGAUCUCCCUCCUCUAGAAGGGAAAACGAGGAAGCUUCAGCAUUUCAGCCACAAUCAUACCCUGACACUUUGUUACCUCACACAGCAGAGCAGAAGGGUUUGUGCAGGAUGUAAACAGCAAAUUUUGGGUCCAGCUUAUUGUUGCAAGGAAUGCGAUAAGCACACACUCCACAAAUCUUGUGCUCAAUUGCCACAGCAGAACAAACAUCCUUUCCACCCUUCACACUCCCUCAAACUCUUUAAAGAAUCGCCUUAUCCUGGCUCAGAAGUAGUCUGUAGUGCCUGUUGGAAGAGGAUCGGUGGUUUUGUGUACCACUGCAACAUAUGUUGGUUCGACCUCGACUUGGCAUGCUUUUGUCUUACACCUUCACUGAAACAUGAGAAGCAUGAUCACCUCCUUACUUUCUUUGAAGAAAUAGAUGAUCAAGUCUCAUGUAAUUCCUGCGGUAAAUCGUGCUGCAACAAUCUUUACAAAUGCGUUAGCUGCAACUUCAAUGUGCACUCCACUUGUCUUCCUUUUCCAAGCACUGUUAAGCACAAACACCAUCCCCAUUCUCUUACACUCAAAGACUCCACUCCCAAGGAUGGUUCAAGUGGGAUUUGCUGCGCAGCAUGCGAGAAGAAGGUAAGCCCAAAGGCCCGGGCUUAUUACUGUGCAAGUUGCAGCUAUGGAGUUCAUCUUGAAUGCCUGGUCUCCGAGGACCAGCCAGACCAAGGGAAACUCCUACAAGACAUUGCAAGGGUCAAAGAAGAGCUAGAUGCAAUUGCCACUCGGUUGAAACGGGACAAAGAAUCAGGGUUGACGAAGAUACAGUACAGUAUCAGUGGAUUUUGUGAAGGCAAAGUGAGAUCACCAAGAAAGGGAGAAAUGGAGAUUGAGGUGCUUCACAGGAGUGACCUCGGCGGUUCCCUCCCGGUCAAAAACGUCCAAGCUCUCGCGUCCAAGGGCCUGAAGGAGGUUCCGUCUCGCUAUCUACGGCCCGCAUCUGAACUCGGCGAAGUCUGUGAUACCGAGUCUCUCGAGAUUCCUGUCAUAGACAUGAUCAAGCUCGGUGAGGAUCACCCCGACCACAGUGACGAAAUCGAGAAGUUCCAUUGGGCUUGCAAGGAAUGGGGCUUCCUCCAGUUGAUAAACCACGGCAUAUCGGAAGAGUUCAUUCAUCAAGUGAAGACAAAUACAGAGGAGUUCUUCAAGCUGCCAUUAGAAGAGAAGAAGAAUUACGAGCAGCUACCUAACUCCAUCGAAGGCUAUGGCCAAGCUUUUGUUGUGUCGGAAGACCAGAAGCUUGACUGGAGCGACAUGCUCCUCCUUUUUGUACAACCUGCUUCCCAGAGAAACCUCAGGUUUUGGCCAAAGAACCCUGCCUCUUUCAGAGCAACCCUGGACAGUUACUCCUCAGAGUUGGUACGGAUUUCACUUUUCCUCCUGAGAGCUAUGGCCAAGAACCUAGGACUUUCUCCGGAUGUGCUUGCAAGCAUGUUUGAAGACGGGAUACAAGGGAUAAGAUUAAACUACUAUCCACCGUGCAAGCAAGCAAACGAGGUCCUGGGUCACACCCCACACUCUGAUGCCACCGGACUAACCCUGCUAACUCAAGUAAAUGAUGUAGAUGGAUUGCAAAUCAAGAAAAAUGGUAAAUGGCUACCUAUAAAACCUGUUCACAGGGCAUUCAUCGUCAACGUAGGCGAUAUCAUCGAGAUAAUGAGCAAUGGACAGUACAAGAGCAUAGAACAUAGAGUAGUGGUGAAUCCGGAAAAGGAACGCCUCUCAAUUGCUGCGUUUCACAGUCCAAAUAUAGAAGCUAUGAUCGGCCCAUUUCCAGAUCUUGCCGGAAAGAGCGGUGCGCUGUACAAAACAACAAGUCACGAGGAUUACAUGAGGCUAGUUGUCGCGAGCAGACUGGACGGUAAAAGCCUGUUGGACCAAUUCAGACUUAGUGAUGAGAGAAGGAUGGAGAUUUCACAUUUCAGCCACCAGCAUCCGCUGACCCUCUGUAUGACUGAGGACACCGGUGAGCCUUGUAACGGAUGCUCGAGACCCAUCUUUGAUCUCGGCUACGUUUGCUACGACUGCGGCUUCCUCCUCCACAAGAAGUGUGCCAAGUUGCCUCAGAAAGUCCACCACCGUCUUCAUCCCAAACACCCUCUUGCCCUCCUCUUUAAUUCAUCGGAAACCUUCGAGUGCAGCGUCUGCAAGAAUACUGGCUCCGGGUUCGCCUUCCAAUGCCAUGAGUGCAAAUACAUCAUGGACGUGACCUGUUUCUUAAGGAAUCAGCCUUAUCUUGAUCUCCCUCCUCUAGAAGGGAAAACAAGGAAGCUACAGCAUUUCAGCCACAAUCACACCCUGACACUUUGUUACCUCACACAGCAGAGUAAAAGGAAUUGUACAGGAUGUGAAGAGCAAAUUUUGGGUCCAGCUUAUUGCUGCAAGGAAUGCAAUCAACUCACACUCCACAAAUCCUGUGCUCAAUUGCCACGACAGAGAGAACAUCCUUUCCACCCUUCGCACUCCUUCACACUCUUUACAAAUUCGCCUUACCCUGCCUCACGAACCAUCUGUGAUGCCUGUCGGAAGAUCGUCCAUGGUUUUGUGUACCACUGCGACAAAUGUUCCUUUGACCUCGACUUGGUAUGUGCUUAUCUUACACCGUCGUUGAAACAUGAGAAGCAUAACGACCCCCUUACUUUCUUCGAAGAAAUGAAGGGUCAAGUUUCAUGUAAUUCUUGUGGCAAAACGUGCAGCAACAAUCUUUACCGAUGCGUUAGCUGCAACUUUAACGUGCACUCCACUUGUCUUCAUUUUCCAACCCCCGUUAAGCACAAACACCAUCCCCAUUCUCUUGCACUCAAAGACUCCGCUCCCAAGGAUCAUUCAAGUAGGAUUCUCUGCGCAGCAUGCGAGAAGAAGAUAAGCCCAAAGGCCCGGGCUUAUUACUGUGCAGAAUGCAGCUAUGGAGUUCAUCCUGAAUGUGUGGUCUCCGAGGACCAGGACCAGCCUGACCUAGGGAAACUUCUCGAAGACAUUGCAAGGGUCCGAGAAGAGCUAGAUGCAAUUGCCACUCAGUUGAAAAGGGUCAGAGAAUCAGUAUCGAUGAAGAUACAGCAUGAGUAGGAACAUAUUCCAACAAUCGCAACAGCAACCUGAGCUCAAGGAUUGGAUGAAGAAAGAAAGUUGAUCCCAAAACUAAGAAAACAAGUGAAGUUUCUACUAAUAUGUGACAGUGAGAUCCUAUAUUCUUCACUCUAUUGAAACCAUCAUGCGUGAAACUUAGUGAUGCUUACUGGAGUUGGUCA